GGAUGCAGCCCUCGGUGCUCCUGCUCUUCUCGACCUGCUGGUGGACGUUGGGGCCGGUAAACGGUAUUCAUCCGGAAUGCAGAAUGCAGCUUGAAAUCCAUGAAGAAGAAAUAAAGUGUAUGGAACAUUUAAAGAAUGCCCAAACAGUGAGUUAUAAAGGAUGUGCUGGGGUCUGGGACAACAUUACCUGCUGGCGUUCUGCAGAAAUUGGAGAAACGGUGACAGUCCCUUGUCCAAAAGUCUUCAGCACUUUUUUCAGCAAAGCAGGAAAUAUCAGUAAAAACUGUACAAGUAAAGGGUGGUCAGAGAUGUUUCCACAUUUUUUCAUUGCUUGUGGAUACAAAGAUAUUGAAGACAACACGAUUUUCUAUGUUUGGGUGAAAACAAUUUAUACCCUCGGACACAGCGCUUCUCUCAUUGCUCUGACCACAGGAAGCAUUAUUCUUUGCCUUUUUAGGAAACUUCACUGCACUCGGAACUACAUACAUUUGAAUCUGUUCCUGUCUUUCAUUUUAAAGGCAGUCUCUGUCUUAGUUAAGGAUGAAGUCCUCUAUUCCAACACUGGCACGGAUCAGUGUCCAGAAAAGCAACCUUCCUGGGUUGGCUGCAGGGCUAGCUUGGUGUUUUUCCAGUACUGUGUAAUGGCCAAUUUUUAUUGGCUCUUAGUUGAAGGACUUUAUCUCCACAUCCUCCUCAUGGUCAUAUUCUCUAACAGACACUUCACCGUAUAUCUCCUUAUUGGAUGGGGAAUCCCUACACUCUUCACUGUCAUGUGGAUAGUAUCUAGAGUGUAUCUAGACAACACUGGUUGCUGGGAUACAAACGAUCAUAGUGCUCCUUGGUGGAUUAUACGAAUACCAAUCCUAAUUUCCAUUUUAGUAAAUUUUAUACUUUUCAUUAGCAUUAUAAGAAUUCUGCUGCAGAAGUUAAGGUCACCAGAUGUCGGAGGCAAUGAUCCAUCACAAUACAAGAGACUUGCAAAAUCAACCUUGCUUCUCAUUCCACUGUUCGGCGUUCACUACAUGGUGUUUGCAGUCUUUCCGAUUCGCAUUUCUCACUACUACCAGAUCAUUUUUGAAUUAUGCCUGGGUUCUUUUCAGGGACUGGUUGUUGCAAUCCUGUAUUGCUUUCUGAACAGCGAAGUUCGAGGAGAAGUGAAAAGAAAAUGGAGGAGUUGGUGCCUGAAUCAAAGAAUGGACCGAGAUUACAAAAUCCACAGCUGUUCCGUUUCUCGAAAUGGCUCAGAAAGUAUCUCCCAUUUGCAUCGUAAUUCGGCCACUCUGUUUUCUUCCCAGACAGAAACCACGGUGAUAUAAGUCAUGUGGGUGCCUACCAAAAACUGUGGGGCAUGUCACUGGGUAUAUAGUUCAUUCAUUGUGCUAUUUUCUAACCUGUCUAGUUUGUACUCCACUUGAUCUGUAUGUCAGGAUACAGGGAUUUCCAGUGUAUGACCGCUAUCUUUCGAACUUAGUCUUAGAACUUGGCUAUAAUGGAACCCUUUUCCACUAUUAUUGCCCCCAAACCGUCUGCUGCACAUAGCCGUAAUAGUUUAAUAGGCACCACCCACAGUGGGUUCAAACCUCUGGAAAGUUAUCCAAUCAUGCAGCAAUAAGUUUCAUCUGUUGAAGAAACGUUUCUUGUUACUAAGUUGGUUCCAAAGCAGCUCUCCAAAGGCUAUAUAUUUAGAUACUAAAUCUGCUACUGCCCUCUUGCAGCAUCUUGACUCUCCUUGGGGUAAGUUCCGUACAGGUGAUCCUUGUUUAGCAACUACAAUUGGGACAAGCAACUCAGUUGUUAAGCAAAGUGAUCGCUAAAUGAAACAUCACAAUUUUACAAUCUUCAGCUUUCCCUUGCUUUACAGACCUGCAAAGGCCGUAAACGUGAGGACUGGUCACCAAGUUAUUUUUUCAUCACCGUUGUAACUGUGAACGGUUGCUAAAUGAGGCAGCCACUAAAUGAGGACUACCUGUAGAGAGAAGCCUGCUCCUUGCAUUUGCAAGAUCAUAUGUUAGAGGACCAUGAUUUUGCUUGGUCUUUAGAGCCUAGAAUGGCCAUAAGUACAUAAGACUGGCUUUUCAUUCCAGACAAGCUGCUUACGCAAGUGUGGUUGUGACCAUGGGAUUGGGGCCUGUGGGCACAGUUCGUCUGAUUUCUCAUGUAGCCAAACGCUUGAAGGGAUUUGAAUGCAAGGUAGAAAUGGAAAACCAAGUGUGGACCAUCUUCCCUAAGAAAGCGUUUGUGUGUCAUGACAGCAGACUGUUCUUUCCUGGCAUGAUGGAAUAGAUUGAAAUGCAUUUGAAAAGGCAAAUCUUCAGUAACAAUCUUUUUUUCUUUUUCAAUGUUUCUGUGAUCCUCCACAUGCUGUCAUUUAUGAGUUUUGUCAUGUGUUGUUUUAAUACUAUUUAUUGUGUGCCUUUUUGAUAUUCCUUCAUCAUAGAAAUGUAAUAUAUUUUGAUUAUUCCUUUCCUUCACUUAUGUUUUCACAUACUGGUGGAUUUCUAUAAAAUAACACCGACGCACUCAUCAAGAGAUAUCCCUGCACCCUCCCCCUAAUGUUGCCAAAAUAUUGAGACAUUUUUGGCACUCAUGUGCAUGAUUUUAUUAGAUUUCUGUGAUUUUUUUUUUAAUGCCUCGGCCAUGGGACCCCAUUAAAAAAAAUCAAAUCUCUGCUUUAGGAAGAGGGAGACAAUCCACACUGUAAUAGUAGAAGCAUAGUCCUAAUGUAGCCUCCUCCAUUUUCUAGGUGCGUUGGGUGUGCAGCUUCCAACGCAACUUGUUUCAUUGGGUAAGGCUUAUAUAAUACUUAAAAAGAAGAGGGCACAACCUGUGUGCCUAGAGCCACCAGUGGUCCCCAAAAGAAGUAAUUUUCACUAAUAAUUUCCCCUAAUAGCUUUAGAGUAUUCAGCAUAUUUCACCUAUUUGAUCUCACUGACCUUUCAGCAGUACCAUGUUGUAAUAUUCUGAUGGUAUUGAAUGGAAAUGAAGCAUAGUAAUGAUAUUUUCCAAGCUCCUGGGCUUCAGAUGUGUUGGACUAAUCUCCCAGACUUCCCAGUCAGCCAGUAGGGAUUCUGGGAGGUUUUACCCAACAUACAGGUAGUCCUUGUUUAGCAACUGCCUCAUUUGCAGUUACAACGGUGAUGAAAAAGUAACUUUGCAACCAGUCCU